AUGAGCAAAGUCGAACUCCAAGUCGUCGAUGACAUUAAUAAUGACUUCAAGGCGCAUAUCCGGAGUGUCCACGAAUUCAACAACUCGUUCGACUGGCCUCAGGUCAACACCUUCGUCUACAAGGAGGUAGAUGGUCUCAAGAUUGAGGCAGAUGUCUGGGUGUGGGAGACGCUACCGAACGGCGACUCCCAGCGCGUACCCGCCAAGCGGCCAGUUGCUCUCUUUAUCCACGGAGGUGGUUGGAUGGGAGGGAUUCGCACGGACUUCCCCAAGCCGCUCUUGCAUGAAUUCGUGUCAAGGGGCUAUGUCUAUGUUUCCAUCGAUUAUCGUCUGCUCCCCGAGGUCGAUUUUAUCACCGAACAACUGGAGGAUAUACGCUCCGUAGAGGGGUGGAUCCGCGAGAAACUGCAAGGGUGCUUGACGGAAAAGGGUGUGAAUGUGACAGUCGACACCGAUACGAUUGCGGUGCUUGGUGGUUCUGCUGGUUCGCAUCUGGCGUCCUUGACACCGAAAAUAUGGAAGAAGAAGCCGUCAGCUCUGCUGCUUAUGGCGGGGCCGACCGAUCUCUUCGACUCUCGCAGACUCGGUCGCCCGAUGGGGGGAGGCAAGCUGGAUGCAGUCGUUGCACAGGUUCCCAUGGAUCCGACACCAGAGUUUAUCAAGUCAGCCAUGUUUGACGGCCCCAAGACCAACGCCGAGCCAUCACUGGGUAUCGAGAGUUUCAUGCUGCCCCGGGCUAUGUUGGGCAUCUCCAUUUUCAUGAACGAACUAAUGGCCGAGUUUCUUGUCCUGGGUCUUCAGGACGGGAAGCUGCCUAAGAAAGGCAGUGCUCCCAAAGAAAAGAUCGAAUUCAUCAGUGCGGCCUACGGGGACCUCAGCGAUUGGCCACCAACGUUCCAAAUGAUUGGCGACAAUGAUGAAGCCUUUGAGGCUUCGCAACUAACCAAGUUCCACGAUAGAUUGAGGCAGCUCGGUAUUCCAUCUGGAGUGCUCGUGGUCCCAGAAAGCUCGCAUGCCUUUGAAGGCAUGUCCAAGAUCGGCGACAAUGUGCACCUGAGAUAUAUCAAGCCGGCGUGCGAAUUUUUGGUGAGACAUACGCUCAAGGAAGACGGAGCAAAGUGA